AAUGGCGGCUCGUAACUUUUAAACACGUUUCUGCUAACAGUUUUCUACUGUACUGCAUUUUAUUUUGGAUCCGUAAUUCACCGUGUCGUUCAUGAAGUGAAAAGGCAUGUUGGGACAUGUCUAAAGGGGCAAGCUGAAGAUGAUAUCGUUUCAUGUGCUGUGCAUGGAUGUUGGCUUUUCCAUGUCCAACUCGGCACCAGGUGAAGACUCUCCAUUUGAACUAGCCAAACAAGUCAUUCAGAAGUUUGUCCAACGUCAGGUGUUUGCCGAGGUAAAGGAUGAAUUGGCUUUGGUUCUGUUUGGGACAGACUCGACCAAGAACUCUCUGGCUCAAGAUGGCCAGUACCAGAACAUCACUGUGCAUCGCAACCUGAUGGUACCUGACUUUGAGCUCUUGGAGGAGAUUGAGAAUCAGGUCCACCCAGAGAAUCAACAGGGAGAUUGGUUGGAUGCUCUUGUGGUUUGCAUGGAUCUUCUUCAAACAGGAAUAAAGGGAAAACGUUAUGAUCGACUUAACAUCUAUUUCCUGAGUGACCUCAGUGUUGAAGCAAAUUCGGAGCAGCUGGAUGUCAUUGUUGAAAACCUGAAACAAGCUAACAUUACGCUGCAGUUCUUUUUACCCUUUCCUGCUGAAGAUGAAUCAGUGGAUGAAGCAGGUGAUGCGAGCAGAGGAGGCCCCAGUGCACAUGGCUUGGGCAAAGGCCUGUCCGGGGAACAGAGGAGUGGACUGGACAUGGUCAAACACAUCAUGCUCAGCUUGGAUGAGCAGGAUGGUCUUGAUCAGAUUUACACACUCAGGAAUGCUAUUGAGGGGCUGUGUAUGUUCAAGCAAAUCGAGAGAAGACCCAUGGCGUGGCCCUGUCAGCUGACCAUCGGCAGCUCUCUGUCCAUCCGCAUCGUUGGCUACAAAGCUGUGACCGAGGAGAAACUAAAGAAAACAUGGCUCACGGUGGACGCUCAAAGCAACGAGAGAGACCAUGUGGGGAGAGAGACCGUCUACUGUCUGGAUGACGACAAUGAGACAGAGGUGCAGAAGGACGACCUCGUCCAAGGUUUUUGCUAUGGGAGUGACAUUGUUCCCUUCUCCAAAGUGGAUCAAGAGCAGAUGAAAUACAAACACGAUGGGAAGUGCUUUGCUGUUUUAGGCUUUACCAACCAAAACCUGGUUCCUCGCCACUCCUUCAUGGGAAUUCAGGCCAUCAAGAUCUUUUCUCCAGACGACGAUGAGCACGCGGGGGUGGCGCUAUCCGCUCUCGUCCGGGCGCUGGAUGAGCUCAAAAUGGUGGCCAUUGUUCGUUACGCCUACGACCGGCGAUGCAACCCUCAAAUAGGAGCAGCUUUCCCUUGCAUCAAGAUGAACUACGAGUGUCUCAUAUAUGUCCAGCUGCCCUUCAUGGAAGACCUCCGACACUUCACAUAUGCUUCUCUGAACAGCAAGAAAUUCAUCCCCUCGGACACACAGCUGCAGGCUGUUGACUCUCUCAUCGACUCCAUGAUGUUGGUGGAGAAAGAUGAAGAUGGAGAACUAAAGGACUUGGUUAAAGUCCACCACAUUCCCAAUCCAGAGUUCCAGCGGCUUUUCCAGUGCCUGCAUCAUCGAGCUGUCAGCCCCGGCACAGCCCUCCCCCCAAUGGAGCCGUGGCUGAAGGCUGUACUGGACUGCCCAGAUGUCAUCAAGGAGCGUUGUCGAGCGCCACUACAGGAGGUGAAGAAGAGGUUUCCUCUCAAAGUGGUGGAGAAGAAGAAGACGCUGAAGACCAGCGCUCAGAUAUUUGGAAAAGAUUCUGAAGAGCCAGAUGACAAGAAGGCAAAGGGAGGCGCUGCAGAAGAGGAGGAGGAGUAUAAUCUGGCUGACAUUUCUGAAGGCUCUGUUACUUCGGUCGGAAGUGUUAAUCCUGCCCGUGAUUUCCGCAUCCUGAUCAAGCAAAAAACGCUUACAUUCCAAGGGGCCUGCGAGCAGCUGACUCGCAGGAUAGAGCAGUUGCUAGGCAACAAGAACACAGAGUACUACAUGAAAAGCAUCACCUGUAUCCAGGCCUUCAGAGAGCAGUCGGUAAAGCUGGGGAAGGCCGAUCUGUACAAUAGCUACCUCCAAUCCCUGAAAGGAAGCAUUCCAAACAGGGGGCUGGAAGUCUUCUGGGACCUGCUUGUUCAAGGCUCCAUAUCUCUUAUUGGCCAAGACGAGGUGGAAGGAAGCUCCGUGUCCAAAAAUGAAGUCGCUCAGUUUCUGCUGGCUGACGAGAAAAAAGAAGAGCCAGUUGCGACAAUGGCAGAUGACACGGGAGAUGUUGACGACUUGCUGGACAACAUGUAAGAAAGAAGGCGAUGGGAGCGUCUGCAGGAAAAAUGCGAAGUAUGCAUCGUUGGGUCCUUCUGUCCAUUUUUCCAUCUCCCAUAUAGAGACCGUUGGGUACUUGGGAGGAAUACUGUACCGAACACGACCUUAACCUGAGUGUAAUGUUUUGUGGGGGUCUUGACAAAAGACAGGACACUGUAUGUUUGUUUUAAAUCUGAUUUAUUGUGUGUGUAUAAUGCACUUAGGGUUGCUACAGUUACAGACUGUACAGUGCACCAGGCGAUGUGGUAUGUUUGAAUGCCAGAUUAAUUAACAUUAGUAGCACCAAUA